GGUUUCCUGUUCCUUCUUAAACUCUCCCCGGCCGAGUUUCCGAUGACUUCCUCGGUCUGUGCUCCGGUUCCCUCCUCGAUCUCACCUCGCCUCCAGAGAACCAUUACCCGAGCCAGCACGCCCGGAGGUCUCCACAGCCGCAACCCUCCCCAAAGGCCAGUCGUCUGCGCCUGCGCAUUCUUGAGCCUACUGGAACUCCCAGGAGUCUCCCGGGCGUGGCGCGUUUUUCGCGGAGUGUAGGCUCGGCUCUCUGCUGCAACGUCUGGAUAUUUUCCACCGUGAACUACGUUUCCCAAAGGCCCCGGGCCGCAAAGAACUUAAACCUUUGGGUCCCUGUCCGGUGUCGUCGUGGUGGUUGGGUUUUGCUUGUUCUACAAGAGAACACUCCUGAAGAGGAGGAGAGCAUCACUACUUAUUAAAUGGCAAACUCAAGUUUCACUGGGGAGCAUGUCCGUGGAGCUCCUCACGCUGUCAUGCCAGAAGUGGAAUUGCCUGACCAAUUUUUUAUGGUUCUAAGUAUGGACAAUGAAUUGGUGACCUUCAGGGAUGUGGUCAUCAGCUUUUCUCAGGAGGAAUGGGAAUAUCUGGAUUCUGCUCAGAGGGACUUGUACUGGGAUGUGAUGAUGGAGAACUACAGCAACUUGGUUUCAUUGGAUUUGGAGUCCAAAUAUGAGACAGAGAGUUUAUCUGUAGGAGAGGACAUUAUUGCAAACAAUAGUUCUCAGUGGGAGGAAAUGGAAAAUAAAUCCCUUGGCCUUCAAAGCUCCAUUUUCAGAAAUGUCUGGCAAAGUAAAAGCAGGAGUGAACUACAAGGACCUGAAGUGGGAUAUUACAGUCAAAUGAAAACCAUGUCUGAAAAAGUGCCCAUUUAUAAGAAUCAAAAAUCUUUUACAUUACAUCAGAGCAUUCAUCAAAGUGAAAAAGCCUAUGAAUAUAAGAAAUAUGGGAAGGUCUUUAGUUAUGACUCAUACUUUGAUGAAUAUGAGAGAGUACUUACUGGUGAGAAGACAUAUGAAUGUAACAAAUAUUGGGAAACCUUUGGUGUGGAUGACCCACACACUCUACAACUGAAAAUUCACACAGCUGUGAAAUCCUGUAAGUAUAUGGAAUAUGGGAAGAUGCUUAGUUUUUAUGAAGACCUUAGUGUACAUGAAAAAAUUCAUAAUGAUGAGAAGUGCAAUAAAUGUAAGGAAUAUGGAAGAACGUUUAGAGUAGUUGGAGAAAUUACUCCAUUUCAGAGAACUCGUGCCGGCGAGAAACCAUAUAAAUGCACAUUCUGUGGGAAAUUCUUUAGAAUACAUGCACAACUUACUCGACAUCAGAAAAUUCAUACUGAUGAGAAACCUUACAAAUGUAUGGAAUGUGGCAAGGACUUUAGAUUUCAUUCACAGCUUACUGAACAUCAGAGAAUUCAUACUGGUGAGAAACCCUACAAAUGUAUGGAAUGUGAAAAGGUGUUUAGAAUUAGUUCACAGCUUAUUGAACAUCAGAGAAUUCAUACUGGUGAGAAACCUUAUGCAUGUAAGGAAUGUGGAAAGGCUUUUGGAGUCUGUAGAGAACUUGCUCGACAUCAGAGAAUUCAUACUGGUAAGAAACCCUAUGAAUGCAAGUCGUGUGGGAAAGUCUUUAGAAAUAGUUCAUCCCUGACUAGACAUCAGAGAAUUCAUACUGGUGAGAAACCCUAUAAAUGUAAGGAAUGUGGAAAAGCUUUUGGAGUAGGUAGUGAACUUACCAGACAUCUGAGAAUUCACAGUGGUCAAAAACCCUAUGAAUGUAAGGAGUGUGGGAAGUUCUUUAGACUUACUUCAGCACUCAUUCAACAUCAGAGAAUUCACAGUGGUGAGAAACCCUAUGAAUGUAAAGCAUGUGGGAAGGCCUUUAGACAUAGUUCAGCCCUUACUGAACAUCAGAGAAUUCAUACAGGAGAGAAACCUUAUGAAUGUAAGGCAUGUGGGAAGGCCUUUAGACAUAGUUCAUCCUUCACCAAACAUCAGAGAAUUCACACAGGUGACAAAGCCUAUGAAUGUAAAGAAUGUGGGAAGGCAUUUAGUCCCGAAUCAGAUGUUCUUCAGCAUGAACAAAUUCAUACUGGAGAGAAAACUUACGAAUGUAAUAAAUGUGGGAAAACCUUUACCCUGAAGCAAAACUUCAUUGAGCAUGAGAAAAUACAUACUGGAGAGAAAUCACAUGAAUGUUCUGAAUGUGGUAAAGUAUUCUCUCGAAUCUCAUCCCUUACUCUACAUUUGAGAAGUCAUACAGGGAAGAAACCAUAUAAAUGUAAUAAAUGUGGAAAAGUCUUCAGCCAGAAGGAAAACUUCCUUUCUCACCAGAAACAACAUUCAGGAGAGAAAUUUUAUGAAUGUGGGAAAGCGUCUAGUCAGAUGUCAAGCCUCAUUAGACACCAGAAAAAUCAUAAUGGAAAGAAACGCUAUGCUUGUAAGCACUGUGGGAAAGCCUUCAGUGGCAAAUCAUAUCUCGCUGAGCAUGAAAAAAUUCAUACAGGAGAGAAGCCUUUUGAAUGUUACCAAUGUGGAAAAGCCUUCAGCCAGAAGCAAUACCUCAUUAAACAUCAGAACAUUCAUAGUGGAAAGAAACCCUUUCAAUGUAAUGAAUGUGGAAAAGCCUUUAGCCAGAAGGAAAAUCUCAUUAUCCACCAACGAAUCCAUACUGGAGAGAAGCCUUAUGAAUGUAAAGGAUGUGGGAAAGCUUUCAUUCAGAAGUCAAGCCUCAUUAGGCAUCAGAGAAGUCACACUGGGGAGAAACCCUAUACAUGUAAGGAAUGUGGGAAAGCCUUCAGUGGGAAAUCAAAUCUCACUGAGCAUGAGAAAAUUCAUAUUGGAGAGAAACCCUAUAAAUGUAAUGAAUGUGGAACAAUCUUCAGGCAGAAGCAAUACCUCAUUAAACAUCACAAUAUUCAUACAGGAGAAAAACCCUAUGAAUGUAAUAAGUGUGGGAAAGCCUUUUCUCGAAUCACUUCACUUAUUGUCCAUGUGAGAAUUCAUACAGGUGAUAAACCUUAUGAAUGUAAAAUAUGUGGGAAAGCUUUCUGCCAAAGCUCAUCUCUUACUGUGCAUAUGAGAAGUCACACAGGUGAGAAACCCUAUGGUUGUAAUGAAUGUGGGAAAGCCUUCUCUCAGUUCUCAACCCUUGCUCUACAUAUGAGAAUCCAUACAGGUGAAAAACCAUAUCAGUGUAGUGAAUGUGGGAAAGCUUUUAGCCAGAAGUCACACCACAUUAGACACCAGAGAAUUCAUACUCAUUAAAACUCUGAACGCCUUGAAUUUAGCAAAACUUCAGAAUUCAUACUUAGCACAUCAUUUUACAGCCAAGCGACAUGAAUGGAGGAAAUCUUUCAGCAGCAACUCAAAAUACUGAGGUUUUUAAUAAGAAGAAAUACCAUAGUAUAAUGAAAACUUGUGCUCCCAGAACUCCCACAACAAACAUCGUUAAUGCUUUUCUUUAGGAGCAUUCCACUUAAAGUCAGGAUCCAGUCGUGGGCACUGCUACCCUGCUAUGAAUCAACAUGGUCCUGGAAGGCCUACCCAAUGCAAUAAGACAAAGAUAUAAGUGUAAGGAUUUGAAAUUAAGAGACAUAAUUGUUUUUUAAACUAUAUGAUUUGCUAUGUGUGUUAUAGUAAAGCUAUAGUCAAAGUCAUUUGCUCUCGAGGUAGUUGUAGAUAGUAGAAAUUGGAACAGAAUAAUGACUCCAGAAAUAUAGACGUGCAUUUAUGGGAAAUUGAUAUUUGGCAUCACAAAUUAUUAGGGAAAUCAUGGAUGACUCAAAAAAUGAUUAACUUCUCACAUGGAAAAAUAAUUGCCAUCACCAUAUAUUAAACCAUUUCUUAACGAAUUCCAAAGGUAUCGAAGAUUAGAAUGCAAAAACCAGAACUGUAAAGUAAUAUUAGUUUUUCACAGGAGAAUGUUUUUAAAACCUUGAGGUAGGAAAGAAUUUCUAAAAUAGAUUCCUAAAUAUCCAGCUUCCAGUCUUGAGUAUAGAUACACAAACCCACAAAACUGACCCAUGUACCCAGAGAGCCUUAUUCAUUGCAGCAUGAAUUAUAGUAGCCAAAAAUUGGAUACAAAUGUCUGUCACUUGUGCAAUGGAUGAAUAACAAUGUCAUAGUCACACAGAAUAUUCUCUAGCAGUUAAGUACACCUAGUUAAAUCUGUUAAUAGAGGAUCUGAAAAAUCAUGUUGAGUGGAAAAAAUGAAGACAAAAUGAUGAAUAUAUUAUAUGAAUUUGAGUAAGGUUAACACUAACCAAAUACUAAGCAUUGGUAUGGAUAAGCAGUUUUAUGUAAAAGUAUAAGAAUGGAUUAGUAGGUUAUACACACACCAAAAGUAGUUGCUGCUAGGAAGAAGAGAGGUAGAAGAGAAAUAGGACCAAGUGUAAUAGGAAAAGAAUACUAUAUCUAAAUAUUUGAUUCCAAAUAGACAAAAUGUUGAUUAAUUCUGUGUUGAGGUAAUAUAGGUAUUUACCCAUUAUUUGUGCAGUUUUCUUAAAUUUCUGAAAAUUAAAAAGGUGAGGAUAGUGGGGAAGCUGUACAUGUAGUACAUGUUAUAGUGGACUCACAUUCCCAAACAAUAAUAUUUUUACAGAAAAUAUUUCUAAAAUCAUGUCUUUAUUAAAUAUGAAUCUUUUUAAAUUGAGGUGUUAGCUUAAUAUUUAAAUUUACUUUUAUAUGUCACUUCACCAAUAUAUUGGGCCUGCUCUUUUCUUAGAAGUUAUAGCAUGAUUUUGCAACAGGUUGGUUGGUUCACAUACUUAUAAGGCUAUCAUUAAGUAAUAAUACCUGUACAGACUUGGUGGAGAAAAUUAGUUUUUUCCUGAAACAUCAGAAAAUUUAAGUGUCCACAAAACCAGUAUUGGCAUUAGAGGCUAGAGAGUUUUAAAAUGUGGAAAGCAUGUUACUUUAAAAUUUUUUAUUUGCCACUGAGUAAAACAACUCUUGGAAUUCAGUUUCAAUUUUAACCUAGAGAAUAUUUUUUUUUUCUCUGCUGUCAGACAUACCACCACUCUCCACCGCUGUACUUGCCUGCUCUCUCCCUUCCUUCUCUUAUUUAUAUUGGGGAAAAUGGUACUGAAACGGGAGGUCUCAGACUCUAGAUAGUGUUAUCUUUGAAGCAAAUAUUUGCAAGGAUUUUUUGUUACUUGAUCCCUUUCCACAAUAUAACUUGACAUAUAGAAAGCUUAGUGUUUUUAUAAAAGACAGUGAAAAUGAGAAUACAGCAUAAACCUGAUAUAUAUAUUAAAUAUAUCAAAAUUUCUCUUAAAAUCAAAAUAAUGAAAUAGCAAUGUAACUAUCACACUGUACCGUUUGUUACUAAUAUUUUUGAAGGUGGUUUGUGAAUAUGAUUAUAAGUGGCAGGGGUCAGUUUUCUGAGGUAACAUACCCAAGUAAUAGACUUGUAUAUCUGCAUGAACUAAACUAUCUUUUACUUUCUUAUA